GUAACUAUAUCACAAUGUCCUCGACUCACAAUGUUCUGUCCAGGAGCCAUUUAUGCCCCGCAUCUUCAAAGCAUUCGAGUACGUAGAGAUGUAUUUGAUCAUCAUAGAGAUAUUUGGAUGACCGAUCUUAACAACACCAUCCAACAUCGGUUUAUGACUCAGGAGGUAACUUCCAUAACCCAAGACAUGGUGUUAAAUGCGGAGAAUAUCACAAUGAUAAGUGAUGUCUUUCCUAAAGUGAGAAGUCUUUGUGUAGAAAGCUUCCAAGAUGGAGUACUCUUUCCCUAUAGAUCCCUUGAAAAAUUUCCCCAGUUGGAUUAUCUUGAGGUGGAGCAAAGUUCAUUUGAGGAGAUAUUCCCCUCACAGGACCAGAUUAUUGAUUUUAUGGGGAAAAUUCCUCCAUUUAAGGGAUUAUACAUUUUCAAUUUGGAUAAGCUCAAGAGUAUAUGGAAGGAUGAUUCUCAACUACCACCAAUUCAUCAAAGUCUAACAGACCUCAGUGUCAAUAAUUGUUGUAACUUGGUCAAGUUGACACCAUCAUCUGCUUCAUUUGAAAAUUUGAGAAACCUAUCCGUAUUUGAAUGUCAUCAGCUCAUUUAUUUAGUGACAAGUUCAAUUGCCAAAAGCUUUGUGAAUCUUGAAUGGUUGGUCAUAAAUGAUUGCAAAAAGAUGGAGGAAAUUGUAAUGAAUGACACCAAUGAAGACGUAGAAGGUGGAAUCAUAUUCAACCGAUUGCAUCGGAUCGAACUUGUUGAUAUGGUAAGCUUGAAGAUGUUUUCUUCACAAAGUCACACGUUGGAAUUCCCAAAAUUAGAAGAGAUAAAAAUAACUGGAUGUCAUCAAAUGAAGAAGUUUGGUCCAGGAGUGUUGAAAACACCAAAGUUGUCUAAAGUGAAAAUAGAAGGACAUGAUAUGGAAUGGGAGGAUGAAGGAGACGUUAACAAAACAAUACAAAUGCUAUGCUCAGCAAAGGACAGCGUUAAUUGAUAGAAGGAUAAGUCCAUCAUCCAUGUUAUCAUUUUCAGGUGCCUUUGGUGAUGAUGUUGACACUUAAUGAUGAAUGUGGACAGAUGUUCGUGCAUAUUGAUGCUUUUGUUG